UCACCCUUAGCCAUCAUGAGUGUGCCGUGCUCUGACCAGGAGUUAAGGCCGGUGAAGGCGAAGGUUGCAAGUUUGCCCCCGGGUGUGACUGCGGAGCGGUGUUGGUGCGGCCGUCUUGCUAAGGUUAAGCAGGUGGAGGAUUUCUCCGACCAGUUUGGCAUGAAAUUUUUCAUGUGUGGGAGCUAUGAGCAUGAUCCACCCCGUAGUUCAGCUUCGUCGUCCACCAGGCCGCCGUCUCCCCCGCCCCUAUGCAAAUGGUUUCACUGGAUAGACACGGAGCAGCCGGAUUGGGCGCGUCAGGAGGUUGAGGAGAAACACCGGCGUGCGUGGGCAACGUUCUUUGAGGAGGAGCGUUGGGAAAAGGUUCGUGCUAAUGAAAAAGCGAGAGCGAGAGAGGCGGAUACUGAAACUUAG